AUGAUAUGGUGGUUUUUAAUUUCAAUAAAUUUUUUGUUUUUUCUGAUAAAAAGCUUUUUCACCCCCAAAGAUACGACUUAUAUGAACGACAUAAAUAACAACCAAGAUAGCGCGUCGACAGAAAAAUACAUUCUAGGCGAAAACUACAACCUCACCAGUCUGAAGCUGAAGAUUGACUUCGGUUCCCUAGACACGGGGACCAAGAUAAUAGAACACAGCAAGGGAAUUAUAAACAUACGAUCGAUUCAACAAUACGACUAUGACAGUUACAUGCUGACACCAUGUAAUUCGGACAUCUGGUGGAUCUACUCAUUCAGUGACAUUAUACACAUCGAAAAAAUUGGAUUAGUUUCACUAGAGCAUUAUGCAUCCAAUUUCAAAGUUAUAGAAAUAUUAGGAACUGAUGUAUACCCAACAAAAAAAUGGAAAAAAUUAGGAAAAAUAGCAACGAACUUUACCAAGAGCUUUGAACUUUUUAACAUAUAUGAUUAUUGUAAAAAUUACGAUGAAGAUAACUGUUGGGUGAAGUAUAUGAAGUUUGUAGUUUUGUCUCAUCACAAUUUAGAAAAUAAUUAUUACUGUACUUUAACACAUUUGCAAAUUUUUGCUUCUUCUGGUGUUGAUAUGCUCAGUGAUAAAAUAUACUCCGAUGAUAACAUCACUGAGAUUGAAAAAGAUUUCCACGACAAUUACAAACAUGAGAAAAAUGAAAAAAUUCGCGAUCAUGAAAUUAUUGAAAAUUUGGAGGUUCUCCUUGAGGACAAGGAACGCAUGCAGGGUGGAGGAACUGCAGCAGGACCAAGCGAUCGCAUAUAUGGACAGAGACACGUAGGCAACAACCACGAAGAGGAUGCAUUGCGCUCAACGGAGAGCAUCACCAUUGAACAGUCCCCCUCCGGUGCAACCCUCCCGACCUUGUCAAACUUUACACCUUUCGAAGGCUCCUUCCUAGAUCCAGAAACGAUAGAACAAGAAUUAAUAGACACGGAUCUUAUGGGUUCUAAGCUGAUGGACACAGAAUUGAUCAAAAAGGAAUUGAUGGACACGGAGCUCAUCGAAAGGGAAUUAAUGAACGCAGAACUUGUCGAGAGAGACUCCAAGAGUGGUAAUUUUAACGAACCCUCACUUGAAAAUUUAACAGAGCAAAUAGGGAACGCGUUUGAAGAGAAAAGAGACCAUGAAAGGAACACCAUUAGGGAGGUUCAAGUGAAUACAAGUCAGCAUAAGGAAGAAGAGAAAGACAAAGUCAAAGAGAAAGAAAGAGUUAUCGUGUCCUCCUCCUUAUCGACAGAACAAAAUGUGUUUAGGCAGAGAAGAUACAACCAGGGCACCUCAUCCCACUCGCUAGUCAUCAUGAACAAAGCUGUAAAGAAGAAAUAUGCUGUGCUCCAAAAUUUUAACAAACUCAGGAUAUCCAAACUUUUGAAAAAAUACCCAUUCGUGAAUUACAAAAAUGUAAUUAAGAAGUACAUGCCUUACCUUGCCUACUUGACGAGGUCUAAGGACGAGCUCAGUUACCAUCACGACAGCCUGAAAGAUGCCAUUCAAAUGGAUAGAUUCAUCAACCCCUUGGAUGAGGCACCUCUUGCGAAAAGCACAGUGGGAAAGUAUGUACCUACCAGUAGGCGAUUUCUUUCUCCAUUCUAUCUGCUCCUUAGGGGGACCUUUCCAAAAUUGUACAGUCGUGUGGAUAUCUCAAGACCCUAUACCUCAUACGGUGUAACGACUCCACACACUUUCGACAAGAAGACUAUUCCAGCCAGUCCAAGUGGGACAUCACAAAAGAAAUCGUACAAUAUGAACUGCUACAACUAUGGGGCUAUCAAGAACGUGCAAAAUAGUAUACUACAGAAUAGGCGUAUAUACUCUCUCCUUACUAUAUGUAAGGCCCGUCUUCUAUGCCAUCAUGAUAUGGUUUGUUUGAAGAAACAUGCAAGAGACAUUAGCAAAUUACUUACCUUUAGACGUAACUUAAUCAAAUCCACCUUCCGAAAGUAUCUCAUCUUCAUAUCUGGAAAGAGAUUGCCCCCCCGAAGGAGAAAGAAGUAUAAAAUUUUGAAGAAAAAAAAAAGAAGAAAAAUCAGAAAAAAAAGCGCAAUGUUCAGAAAGCUCUUCUUAUUAAAACAAUUUAAUAAAAUAGGAUAUGUAAAAAAAUUACACGUUUCUUAUUCACCCAUUUUUCAUUUCCCAACAUGCACUGUAUCGAGGUAUCUCCCGCGCAAGGAGGAGGACCCUCUCAUGAAUUAUAUUUGGGAAGAAUUACAGCGACAGAAUAGAAUAAAGGAACAACCACAGGACGGAUUGAUAAUGAUCUACCUGUUCAAUGAAGUAAGAAAAGCACAAACGACACGGAACUUAGGGAGCCUCAAAUGGUGCUUUGAUUUCAUGAAAAAGUGGAAAAACACAUUCAACUCGGUAUUGCUUAUGUAUUUCAUAAGAUGUAUACCACUGUCUAGUUUGCGCAAUCGUGGCAGCUGUGUAGAUAUAAUAAUGAAUGGACUUAUUUUGAAGAAAAAAAACAAAUGGACACUUGAGAAGGAAUUGCAAAAUCUUUUAUUUGGCCAUUCGGACAGAAGCAGGACUUGCAAAAGGCACGACCGUUUGGGGAAAACGGAUUUGUCGUACUAUGCCUACAGGGAGGAGGGUCAAGAGGAGGAGGACGAUGUGUACAACGAGGAGGUAGAUGUGGAAGAGGAUGCUGAAGAUGACACGGAUAAUGGGGCGUACUACAUAGAUGAGGAACAACCCCACUCGAAGAACUUCCUUAAGAAUGACCAAGUUAAUGUGGAACGCCCCCUCCUGAAUGCUGAAUCACCUCCAACGUUUAACACCUUUACGCUGUAUCUUCACAUGUUAAGAUGCAGAAACGUGCACUCCCGCUACCACAUAAUGGUUCUAAUGAGAAACCCCAGGGAUAUGAAGCUCAUGGCCAAACUGAUGACAGAUAUAUGGAGUAACGUGUCUAGUCGCAACAUGGGAGGAGACCUAAAGAAGGUCGAAAGAUAUAUAAGAGGUGUCAUCUUGAAUCACGUAGCCAAUUACACGACAAAUAACCUUUCUUCAAAAAAAUUACCCACUGUUAAGUAUAAGCUAGUUUACACCAUUUCCCCUUGGAUGGGUAAAGCCACCCUCAUGGACCUCUCCUAUAGGGUGAAAAAUAGGCGAAGGUUAUUGCGAGCCCGACAGGAUAUUCUAAAUGUACAGGAAAAAAAAGAGGAAAAUAUUCAGUAUCAGAGAAAGGUGCAGUGCGAAGCGAUUACAGAACUUUUUGUGAAUUUAAUUACAGGGCGUCUAUCCUCUUGGAGAACAAGCUUAGAAAGAGAAAACAAAGGCGUAAAGGAAAAUGAGCAGAGUGCAAGGACAGGGGGAGGUAGUAAUGGCUACCUGAAGGAGGAAUCAAAAAGGACAUAUCAGGAAAAGUACAUCCAAAGGAGUCAACGUGGUCACCUUGACGAGGCAAACAUGUGCCUAACCCUAAGAGAAAUGGAAAACAUGAUAUACUCAGAUCGAUAUCUAAAAGAGUACGUAGACGAAGCAGGGAUACAUAAAGAAAUGCAAAAGAAAGAUAAAAUGAAAAAUAUUAUAAAUGCAAAAUACGAAAGGAAAAACAAUGACAAAAGUAUAAAAAUAUUGAACGAAAUAAAAGAAACAGAAGAAAGCAAUAGCAAACUUGUCAACGAAGUGUACGAUAUCAUUAGCGAAUAUGAUGAUAACAAUGAGUCGAAAAUAUAUUCAGUCCAAUUAAAAUCCGGAAAACAAAUCCCAUUAAUUAUUAACAAACCAGAAAAUAAAAUGAAAGAUAAAGUAAUAAAAAGUGAAGCAAAAAAAAAAUAUAUUAAAGACAAUAAAUUACAAUACCUGGACGAAUUUGAUCAUGUGCUCAAUGAUCACAUCAAGUAUGAUCAUCAUGAACAAAAUUGCAUACGAGAAGAAAAAAUUGAAGAAAAAGCAAAAAAUACAAGAGGACAUGCCCUACUGACAUUAGUAGAUAAAGUAAAAACCAUUGAAAAUAAAAAUAAUUACGUAAUUUCCAAGUUAAAGGAUGUUAUAAAAAUUACCAACAAUAAAACAAAAAUUAUAUAUCAUAUGUUAUCUAAUUUUAAAAUUUUACAAAACACAAUUAGCCUUCUACUAAAAUAUAUUAUGAUAAACGAAAAGAAUAUGAAAAAUUUACACAAAAACAGAAACAAGUCAGAAUCAUUUUUCAAAAUCUUUAAAGAUAUAUGCAUUUUACAAAUUAAUGAUAAAAAACAACAUUUUGAUUCACUCCAAUAUAUUUGCAAUUAUCUACAAGAUUUACUAUAUGAUGAGGUAGAAAAAAUAUAUCUUUUCGAAAAAUCCACCGGAGCCAGAGGCACAGCAGCAGCAGGAGUCGGGACAGGUCCAAGUGGUGGAAGAAGAACAAGUGUGCCCAACGGUGGAAGCACCUCUUCCUCCAUCAACGGAAAAUUCCCAUUAUGUGGUGAAGAAGAAGAAAAUAUACUGCUACAUAAUAAAAAUUCCUUUCACGAGAAGAAUUCUAAUUUUAUUUUUAAAGAGAAAAAAAGGAAUAUAUUCAAUUUCUGGUAUUAUGAAAAUCAUUGUCAUAACGACAUAUUCAAAACACCCCUCAUUUAUUAUAACUCUUCGGUGGACAGCCUUCAGACGUUUUAUUUUAAAAUUUAUAAUUUUUUCAGAAAAUUAACCUCCUUUAACUACGUUGUGUAUAAAUUUAGGCACUACAAGAGGAUGCUUAUCAGUUAUCUUACCAGGGGUCACCAUGCCGGCGAUUCCGGUGCGCAAUUUAACAGUACACAGUUUGGUGAUGCACAAUUUAGCGGUGCACAGUCCAACGGUACACAGUCUAACGGUACGCAGUCUAACGGUACGCAGUCUAAAGGUACACAGUCUAACGGUACACAGUUGAACGGUACAGCGCACACCGGUGAGCAAUUCGGCGGAUCGCAGUUUGUCGGCGCGUACGGGGCUCCUCAGAAUACAGGGAAACUGUACGCCUUCCUUUUGGGUCUCUUCCUGAUAAUUUUCCUGAUAAACAAUUUUUUCUGUUUCCUCCUGUACAAGCAUUUAUCGAAUAAGUUGAACAUGUUCGUUCAGGGCUGCACCUGUCACAGGAAGUGA